AUGGCCAACCUACCGUCUCAGCACCCCAACCUCUCCCUGCACAUGGUUGAUCGCACUCUCACCCCCUUGAUCACCUCAUCUCGAACACAAGACCAGUUGCAGUCGCUAUCCUCGGUGUCUCAAACCGCGCUGCUGGCCCAUGAGGCUGCAUUCCGCCUUGGGCUUGGUGCUCCACAGAGGGUUAUGGUCGAGCAUGGGCCGAAUGGUCCUGUCUUGCUUCACUCAUAUGUCAGCCGCGCAGCUUCCAGCAUGGCUCAGGAGACACCAUCGCCCAGGGUCGUUCAGAUUGACGGCGAGGCUGGCGAGCGUGCUGGGGGAGGAAGCUCGGCAGCAUUCGCACCAGGCCACGUUGAGUCAGAUGAAGACGCCGUUGCGCCUAUGCUAGUAGGCACCGUCAUUGCCCCGAGCGCGGACUCGGCACUCGAGGCUAGGCGCGCUGCAGCACGGCUGGAGAGGGUUGGAAGAGAGGUCCAGACGAGAUGGGCUGAGAUGCAGCAGCAGGAUCAGUCGACCGCCAACAGGUCGUAA